AUGUACUUUUCCAAGGUAACGACCCUGGUGUCUUUGCUGGCAUGUGCCAGCGCUCAGCUGCUAGAUAUCCCCGAGAUGGACGAUAUAAUCAGCGAGGCUAUGCAACCCUUUGAACAGUAUACCUCUGUUGAUUUACCUACGGAGGUUGCGUCUGGUUCUGCAGCUGUGGAGACAGAUGUCGAUGUCAAUAUCAAUACCGAUCAAAAUGUUCUUGCGCAAGCCGCAGCUGCAGAUACUACAUACUGGUUGGCAGACAUUGCUCACCAAGGGAAAGCGGCUUUCAACGCAAACCCUUCUACCUAUACGGUGUUCCGCAACGUGAAGGAUUACGGAGCCAAGGGUGAUGGAGUCACCGACGAUACUGCAGCCAUUAACGCAGCCAUAAGCGCUGGUGGACGUUUCGGUCCAGCAGGCAAACAGACAUCGACUACAACACCUGCGAUAGUCUACUUCCCCUCUGGAACCUAUAUCAUCUCAACAUCGAUUAUUGAUUACUAUUUCACCCAGCUUAUUGGCAAUGCGAAUGCCAUGCCGGUUCUAAAGGCAACUGCAGGUUUCACCGGGUUGGGCCUGAUUGAUGGUGACCAAUACCAAAGCGAUGGGAACCAGGGUUGGACAUCGACCAAUGUGUUUUUCAGACAGAUUCGAAACUUGAAACUGGACUUGACUUCAAUCCCUGCUGGUACCGCUGCAACUGGUAUCCACUGGCCUACUGGCCAAGCCACUAGCAUUCAAAAUGUUCAAAUUGUGAUGAGCUCGGCUUCUGGAACUCAACACCAGGGUAUAUUCAUUGAAAAUGGCUCCGGGGGUUUCUUGACGGAUAUCACUAUCACUGGUGGUCUCUAUGGAGCCAAUGUUGGAAACCAGCAGUUCACCAUGAAGAACCUGGUCAUCCAGAAUGCAGUGACUGCAAUCUCCCAGAUUUGGGACUGGGGAUGGACAUACCAAGGUCUCGUCAUCAUCAACUGCGGAACUGCCAUUUCAAUGAACAAUGGUGGGGUUGGGAACCAACUAGUUGGCUCAGUUGUUGUCAUUGACAGUACUAUUCAAAACACUCCAACUUUCGUGACCACCGCUUGGCAAAGCUCGACCAACUCUACUGGAAGUCUCAUUCUAGAGAAUAUUGUUUUGAACAAUGUCCCUGUUGCAGUCAAGGGCGCAAGCGGUACCGUUCUUGCUGGAACCACCGGCUCAACUACUAUCGCUGCCUGGGGUCAAGGACACAAGUAUACUCCUAAUGGGCCGACUAAUUUCCAGGGCUCCUUUACACCACCAACACGUCCGAGUGCUUUGCUUGCCAGUGGGUCGACCAAGUACUACAGCAAGACCAAGCCUCAGUAUUCCCAAUCACCAGUUGCUUCUUUUGUUAGCAUCAGAAGCUCUGGUGCUACGGGAGAUGGCUCGACCGAUGAUACAGCCGCCAUCCAAUCGGCCCUGACAUCUGCUGCAUCUUCUGGCAAGAUUCUCUUCUUUGACCAGGGAACCUAUAAAGUCACCAAGACACUCUACGUCCCUCCAGGCUCUAAGAUUGUUGGCGAGGCAUACCCGGUCAUCAUGGCCAGCGGCAGCACCUGGUCCAGUAUCACCAACCCUGUGCCUGUGAUCCAAGUUGGCAAGGCUGGAGAAUCUGGCUCAGUGGAAUGGUCUGAUAUGAUCCUCAGCACCCAGGGCUCAACGCCAGGCGCCAAACUUGUCGAGUGGAAUUUGGCCGCCACAUCGGGAUCUGGAAUGUGGGAUGUUCACACCCGUAUUGGUGGCUUCAAGGGUUCUCAGCAGCAGGUACCUCAGUGUCCUACUUCGGCUGCAGUCUCUGCCGCCUGUGAGGCCGCGUACAUGUCUAUGCAUAUUACCAGUGUUGCAAGUGGUGUCUACCUGGAGAAUGUGUGGUUCUGGACUGCCGACCAUGACCUUGAUACAGGAAAUGAUAUCCAGAUCUCGAUUUAUACAGGACGUGGUUUGUUAGUAGAAGGCAAGAAUGUUUGGCUAUAUGGCACUGCUUCCGAGCAUCACUCGCUGUAUCAGUAUCAAUUCUCAGGCGCAACAUCUAUCAUGGCCGGGUUUAUUCAGACAGAGACACCGUACUACCAACCAAACCCCAACGCCGCCAACAGUCCAUACCCCACCAACACUGCACUCAAAGAUCCUACUUUUGGCUCAUGCCUCGGUGGGAACUGCAAUGCUCUCGGCCUCCGGGUUCUAAGCAGCAAUAGUGUCAUCGUUUACGGAGCCGGUCUGUACAGUUUCUUCAACAACUACAGUACCACAUGCUCCACAUUCCCCUUGCCCGAAAACUGCCAGAGCAUGAUUUUCAGCAUCGAGGGUACUACGAGUGGACUGGUGGUAUAUGCACUGAGUACUGUCGGCACCCAGUACAUGAUUGUGAAGGAUGGCGUAGCACUAGCCAAGGUCAGUGAUAAUCUGGCUACGUAUGCUGCCACAAUAGCAUACUUUACUUUGUAG